GAGAUGUUGUUGUGGUGAGGCGGGCGGCGCGGAGGGACAAUAGCCGGAAUGGGGAGGUGUCGGGCUACUGGCUGAUUGUCCUGUGGAGCAGCUGCGAGGAGAGAUCUUUCUGGAAUAUGUGAAGUAGGAACAAUGUCAAGGCCUGGAGUGGAUACAGAGAAGGUUUACCAGGAUGAUACCAGAGAUGAGGGACUUAGGUUAUGUGGAGAGAUUGGAGAAGUGGGAUUGUUCUCCCUACGACAGAGAAGAUCAAUGAGAGGCCUAAUGGAGGUGUUCAAAAUUGAAGGAGUUUUGAUAGAGGCAAUGCUUCCCAGGUGCAAGUGGAUAAAUCUUCUAUCAGCUGUUGGAUAACUUCUGCAUGAAGCUCAAAGUGAGGGAAGAAGUACAAGAAAUUUAAAUUAAUUUUAUUUUGCCAUGCCAUUACCUUUUGGGAUAAAAUUGAAAAGAACGCGAAGAUAUACUGUCUCGAGUAAGAGCUGUUUGGUUGUGCGGAUCCAGCUGCUGGAUAAUGGAUUCCUGGAAUUCACCCUUUCUGUUGAAAGCACAGGUCAAGAAUGUUUGGAAGCUGUUGCACAGAGAUUAGAGCUGAGAGAGAUUACUUACUUCAGUCUCUGGUAUUACAAUAAGCAGAAUCAAUUUCGAUGGGUGGAUCUGGAAAAGCCCAUGAAAAAGCAGCUAGAUAAAUAUGCUAUUGAACCUACAGUUUAUUUUGGUGUGGUAUUUUAUGUGCCAAGUAUUUUACAACUUCAGCAGGAGAUUACAAGAUACCAGUAUUAUCUACAACUGAAGAAAGAUAUUUUAGAAGGCCGCAUACCUUGCACAUUAGAACAAGGAAUUCAGCUUGCUGGUCUAGCUGCACAGGCUGAUUUUGGAGACUAUGAUCAGUAUGAAUCCCAAGACUUCCUAUACAAGUGUGAUCUUUUUCCAGUUAAUUGGAUUCAAGAUGAGCGGAUGCUUCAAGAAGCAACGCAGAAAGUUGCGUCAUUACAUCGUAAAUUCAGAGGCCUUACUCCCUCUGAGACAGAGUUAUUGUUUCUUCAGGAGGUAGUGAAAAUGGAAGGGUAUGGCCACGAAAACUAUACAGCCAAGGAUAGCCAAGGAAAUGAUCUACUUAUAGGCGCAUGUUUGGAAGGCAUCUUUGUGAAGCACAAAAAUGGCAGACCUCCCUCUGUUUUCAAAUGGAAUGAUAUAUCCAAUCUGUCUCACAACAAAUCCUUCUUUGCAUUAGAACUGGCAAACAAAGAGGAGACCAUCCAGUUCCAGACAGAAGAUAUGGAAACAUCCAAAUAUGUAUGGCGAAUGUGCGUUGCACGACGCAAGUUUUAUAGCCUGAAUAAAAACUCUAACUUACAAACUCAAACUGCUUCAGUGAGUCCAGUCCGAAGGAGCCUUUUGUCAAGAAUGUCUUUGCCAAAACCUCAUCAGUACAUGAUGCCACUACCCCAGUUACAUUACACUGGACCCUAUAUAGAGCCCUAUAAAUCUUCUCAAGACAAUCUCUACGUGAACAAUCAAAAUAGCUGUUUCUAUCGGUCUCAAACCAGUUUGGAUAGAGCACCAUAUGAAUACAAUGGUCGAAUCCGAAAUGGCAGUAUCUAUAGUGCACAUAGCACAAGCUCUUUAAAUAAUCCACAGCACUUUAUGCAAGCAUCGCCUAUGUCUUCAAAUCCUAGUAUCACUGGAAGUGAUGUAAUAAGAGGAGAUUACAUCUCAACAAACAGACAUAGUACGAUUAUUCCACCUUCCUAUAGGCCAACCCCAGAUUACGAGACAGUUAUGAGGCAGCUCAAUCGUGGAAUGAUUCAGAAUGAAAGACAAAGCCAUUCCAUGCGAAAUCUUAACAUAGGCAAUUCUUAUGCCUACAGUAGACCAGACCCACUUGUUUAUAGCCAGCCGGAAAUUAGAGAGCAUGCUCAGUUUAAUUCCCAAAACGUGUAUCAGUACCCUUUUCAUUUGAACUACAGUUUCCAUAGCCAGUCACCAUAUAUAAAUUCAGUUGACCGACGUCCUGUCGUUGGGGCUGUUAGUGUGCCCGAAUUAACUAAUGCACAAUUACACACUCAGGAUUACAAUGCAGCAAAUAUGUUGAGAACUCAAGUGUAUAGACCUCCACCACCUUACCCUUAUCCAAGACCUGCAAACAGUACACCUGACCUUUCACGACAUUUGUAUGUUAGUAGCAGCAAUCCGGAUCUGAUAACAAGGCGUGUUCAUCAUUCUGUGCAGACCUUCCAGGAGGAUAGUUUGCCUGUUGCACAUUCACUACAAGAAGUCAGUGAACCCCUAACCUCUGCCAGAGUACAUAGCAACAUCCAUAAACGUAACAGCAUUGAGAUUGCAGGGCUUAUGCACAAUUUUGAGGGCUGGCGAAUAAAAGAAAGGACUAUGUCUACAACAGGUGUUGAGACAUGCUCAGGAAAAGUGACCUCUGCAGAUUCACAGCCAAAUGUUUACUUUGAACGAACAAAACCAGGAGAUACUGAAAUUCAUGAAGAGAAGAGUUGCUACCAUGGGCGAUCUCUCUCCGAUGCAACUAUGCUGAUUCACAGUAGUGAAGAGGAUGAGGAGUAUGAUACAGGGUACAUUGAGCAGAGAUCUCAAAUACCGUCUCUUGACUCCACAGCCCGAUUGCCAGCUGUGUUAAACCAGUUCCUUAAAGAACCAUUGCCAGACUAUCUAUAUAGCUCUGCACCUGCUCUAGCUAGCCAGCACAAUUCAGAAAAGCAAGUGCGAGAAAGGGAAGCUAUGCAAUUUCUUGCAUUUGUGUCUGAAUCUGACCUCAAUACAGUUGGAAAAAGCCAGAUAAGAAGAGAGUCCUCAAAGAAGAGACCAAUGUCUGAAGUACUUUCUGGUAGAUUAAAUGCUAUGGAAGCUCUCCCGCCACUUGGGGAUACGCGUAAAGGAACUCGUGUGUCUGAUAUUAGGAAAAUUGGACCAUUGAAGAUGGCAGAAUUAAAUGGAUUAACACCAUUUCAAAAGCCUUUACCUGAUGUUCUUAAAGACGAGCCUAUCAAGACAUCAUACGACGAAAGGUACAAAAUCUUGGAGCAGCGUCUGGAACAGAAAAUGGUGUUUACAGAAUAUGAAAGUGUUCCAAAGAAAAAUCCAAAAGCAGAGUGUACCAUUGCAUUGCUGCCUGAAAAUGCAGAAAGAAAUCGAUUUCCAGAUGUUAUUCCCUAUGAUGAUAACAGGGUGGAGCUAGUGCCUACAAAAGAGAACAAUACUGGUUACAUAAAUGCAUCUCAUAUAAAGGCAGUAGUUGAAGGCAAGGAAUGGAAUUACAUUGCCACACAAGGACCACUCCAGACCACUUGCCUUGAUUUUUGGCAAAUGGUGUGGGAACAAGGAGUCGCUAUCAUAGCCAUGAUUACCAUAGAAGAGGAGGGAGGGAGAGAGAAGAGCUUUCGGUAUUGGCCUCGAUUAGGUUCCAGGAAUAACUCAGUCACGUAUGGAAGAUUCAAAAUAACCACACGAUUUCGAACAGACUCAGGUUGUUAUGCAACCACAGGGUUGAAAAUUAAACAUCUAUUGAAUGGGCAAGAGAGGACAGUAUGGCAUUUACAGUAUACAGACUGGCCAGAAAAUGGCUGCCCAGAAGAUGUCAAGGGAUUUCGAUCUUAUUUGGAUGAAAUUGAGUCAGUGCGUCGCCAUACUAAUAGUGCAACAGACGGUAAAAAUCCGGAUACACCUUUACUUAUACACUGCAGUGCUGGUGUUGGAAGGACUGGUGUUGUAAUUUUAUCGGAAAUUAUGAUUGGCUGCCUGGAACACAAUGCAACUCUGGAUGUUACUACUGUGCUGAACCUCCUCAGACAACAACGGAUGCUAAUGGUGCAGACAAUUGCACAAUAUAUCUUAGUCUACAAAGUGCUCAUUCACUUUCUGAGAAGCUCUAGGCUGAUAUAAGCUUGUGUUCAAAUGUGCUGUAAUUUUGCAAGCAAAACAGCUGAAUGCAUAAUUGUUUGAAAUGAAGGAAAAGUUUCUCUAACCUUUAAGAGGAGGAGGAAUAAACUUGUGUAAGAGGGCAAGUGAAGUACACAGAAGAAGCAUCAAAUCUAUGGGAGAAAUACAUGUUUCCCUGUGUUACCUCCAAUUUUUUUAACUGUAUUGGAAAAUGCAUUGUGCUUCAAUUGGUAGGAAAUUUUAUGAAGAAAAUGUUUAUUUCUCUAAUAUGAAGUAAGAGAAACCUAUCUUAUGGCAGUUUUUCUAUGUAAAUUUGAGUGCAAGUUGGUAACUUUUAACCAUUUUCUGCUCUCUGAGCAUGAUUGUAAACAAGAUUGUCAUAAGAGGACAAAUACUAUGAAUCCACCAUACUUGGUGCAUGAUCAGUUUAAAGCUAUAGUGUGAAAGUAUUUUAAUUUAAAGGAAAUGUGAUGAGAGGAUGAUAGCUGAUUCUUUUCAUUAGUAGGAAGAAAUAAGAAUGUGCAAACAGAAUGAUGAGUGAAUGUGAGAUUCAUGGAGUAAGAUUGAACUGGUGCAAAUGAAAGAUUUUUGUUGGAAUUAAUACUUUUAGACCUGGAACUGGUGUGUAAAAUAGGUGAUAAUUUUCUUGUUAGGCUUGUAUUGUAUCACAGUUUACGGAAGUAAUGAAAGUACAAGUUAUACUGAUACGGAAUAAACCAAUCCUGUUCAUAUUUUUAAAUUUACAGCUGUUCAGUUAAGACAACUAUCCAUUUAGUAAAAAGUCUGGUUUGUAUAGUUUAAUUAGCAGACCCAGUUAUAAUUAUUGACAUCUAAAAUUAUGUGAUUGCUAAAAGCAAUGUAAGCUUAUUCUAGUUCAGAUAUCCAUUCUAAUUGUGUUGGAACUAAUCUUAUAUUUGAAUUACUUUUAGCUCGUAAUAGGUUUAAAUUUGAUGAGUAUUUUGGCACUGAUAACCAUUUGAUAUAAGUAGUGGAGUUAGUCUGCACACAACUGGCUUUUGUGUGACUUUCAGUGUAAUAUACUUUGUGAAAUAUAAUUUUGCAGUAAAGCACUUCAAAUAUAAUCUAUGAAUUGGAAAACUGCUGCUAAGUGACUUGAGUUUACAAAGUGUAAAAGUGAAGGAUUCCUGCACAAUGUCUAUGUUUCUUUUAAAACUUGUGUGGAAGCAUUUUUGUAAAUCUCUCUUAACUCUGAUCUACCUGUAUUCACCUCAACUCAGUGAUUCAGUAAUUAUGAGAAAAGGAGUUUAUGAUAACUGGAAGUUCAUUUCCUUUACAGGGCAGUGUAUUGAACCAUGGGAGUAUGAAGGACAAUCUGUAAAACAUUUAUGUAUAUAUAAAUUAAGUAGAUCACAUCAUAUUCUAAAAUGCAUUAUGUACAGGAUUGUACUUUGUGAAAAUUACGAGUGUGUGUAUUUGUGCUUUUGUAUGUUAAAGUCAACAUUUAUGCCAUAUCAUUCUUUCUUAGUGUUCUUUUUAGAUCAGGUGCAGUAUGACUUGUGCAUUGAUUAUGGGUUUACAAAUGUGGCUUGCAAUGUUUGUUAAGUUGAUGGAUUUUGUUUUCUUAUGUAACACCAGAAGAACACCUGAUAUGAUAGACAUGUUGUUGUAACCUACCCAUCUCUCACAUCUCAUGUGAAAUUGAUCUCCACAGAGAUGGGAAAUAUUUUUGAUUGGUUCCUGGAAAAGAAGUAAACCAUGUUUCCUUACCCACUGCUGAUAUAUAUGUAAAUACCACUGUAGCAUAAAUAAAUCUCUGCAAGUUUGGCUGAAA